CUUUCCAUCAGUGCUUUUCAAAGCUGACACAAGGAUCAGGGCAGAGUGAAGUGGUUACACGCUCCCGUCGGCAGGAAUCUGAAGACUCGCGGAGACUUAUUUUCUUCUUUUUUUUUUCAUAAAGGCUGUAGCUCUUUCUCGGCUGAGAAACACCGACCGUGUCCCCUAAAUGCAGAGGCUGUGUAACCCGAAGAUAACGCGCCUGACCGGAAUAACACGGCCGAAUGUGAUCGCCACAAUGAGACGUGUUCAAACCUUCGUCGCCAUGGUCUUUAUUGGCACCGUGUUCCUGGUCGUCUACUCGACCCUGAAACUCGAGAUGGCCUACAGCCACAAGGUCCCGCAAGAAGACGUCCCGACGCAACACAGCGUCCAGAUCCAAGACAGAUAUUUAACAACUCAGCUGCCCAUGGAGAAGGAGAAAGAGGAGGAGAGGGAGGAGGAGGAGAAGAAGGCGGAGGUCCCUGCCAUACCUCAUGAAGACGUCUACAAUGUGUCUUUUUCUGUGGCCCUCCGAGAAACCAUCCCUCAAAAUGCAGCGUACUGGAACCGCCUGCUGUACUCACGCCUGGCGAGUCUGGACAAGGGGGACAAACCCUCGGCGCUUGACACCCAUUGGUCCCACUGCAGAGAGACAAAUCAGGAGUCUCUGCAGGCAAACAUGCACGAUUUUGCUUCCUACUCCGCCUUGUUACAGACUUUCGUGCAGGGAAUAAACUGCAGGACCCCGUCGGUCCUGAUCUCUCAACCGGACAAGUGCGUCUCCGAAAAAGGGAAGGCGCACGACCACACGUUUCUGCUCUUUGCAAUCAAGUCAAAUCCCAAACACUUUGAGCGGAGACAGGCGGUCCGGGAGACGUGGGGGAAAGAGGGGGUGUAUCAAAACGGACUGAGAGUGCGCUUGGUGUUCCUCCUGGGUAACCUAAAAGAGGACGACCCCGACCUCGACCCGCUGGUGUCGUUCGAAGCGAAACACUUCAGAGACAUCUUGCAGUGGGACUUUGAGGAAUCCUUGUUGAACCUGACCCUCAAAAUGAACAUGCUUCUCGAGUGGACGGUGACAAACUGCUCGAACGUCUCCUUCGUCUUUAGCGGCGAUGAUGACGUGUUCGUGAACACACACCAGUUGCUCAGCUACCUGCAGUCUCUGCAACCAUCCCAAGCAUCUCAGCUGUAUGCUGGACAAAUCAUAAACUCAGCAACUCCACUCAGGGACCCAAACAACAAAUACUACAUUCCUGUGAGCUUCUAUGACGGCGCGUACCCGUCUUAUUUUGGCGGAGGGGGCUUUGUCAUCUCUGGAACUUUUUUAAAACCCCUGCAUUCACUUACUCACGUCAUUCCCUUCUUCCCCAUUGACGACGUCUACGUCGGGAUGUGCUUUAAGGCUCUGAAGGUUGCUCCCGUGGCACACGACAAAUUUCACACCUUUGACAUCUAUGAGAAAGAUCGUGAGAAUCUGUGUGUACAUAAAAGUCUUAUCUUAGUGCAUCGGCGCUCGCCACGGCAGUUGAAGAAGCUGUGGAAAGGCAUCCAGAGCCCUUUUUUGACUUGUUGAACUGGAUGGGUGAAUAAAUAAAUACCGUCUGCAGGCACAAGGGAUAGGCUUAUUUGUUUUCCAUCAUUUUCCCUCGCACCGUCUACAGCAGGAGCAAUAGUGAGGGUUUUUUUUGACUGCCCACUUUUCACCCAGCAAGGACUCAGAAAUGCAGCAACCAACCUCAGGACUAGUUAUUAAGAAGGAAGACAUUUUAACCUUGUAAUUAAAUCUCAUAGCAUUUUCUCUAUGUUAUUUAAGCAUUUAAAACUCACCUGCAAGUCAGGCUUUAAAACACUGUUUCGGGGGUUUUAUAGACAUAUUUAAAUUGAAUGUAAAUAAAAUGAAUCAACCACGACAAUGA